ACUGUUUGCAUUACAAUCAAAAAAUGCAAAAUGAUUUUUAUCUUUCUUGCAAAGGGAGCAUAUAUAAUGUUCAUAAUCUAAAUAACACCUUUAGUAUAGCGUCCAGUAAACAGGAUUAGCAUUAUUUACUUUCACGAGGAAAAGAAGGUGGCGAUCAUGUAUAUUAAGGUGCUAUUACAACCAAUCAUAUUGGCUUGUUUAUUAGCUGGCCUAACAGCAGCAUUAUCUAACAAAGGCAAUAUCAGGGUCAGAAGUUCAAGAAACCCUAUGUCACCACCAGGUCCAUUUUGUGUGGAUGUUGUGUUUAUUGUGCAAAACUCAUGCACUAUAGCAGAUGUGUUGCUGGAUGCAGUAAAUCAUAGUAUAAUAAUCUUAGCUGACAUGUUAAAAAGUGAAGGACAAACUAAAAUAGCCUUACUAACAUAUAGCGCAAAAGCUAAGGAACUGAUCCCACUGAAGAGUGCCAGUGAGUUCUUGAGAGACUACAGCAAAAUAGACUUAAGAGGUCUCCCUAAGAAGUCUGCAGCAUGCAAAAAUAUAAUUCAAGCAAAUACAACAGAUGCACUCGCUAUGAUAGACAAUAAUAUGGAAAAGUACUUCCCUGUGACAAAUACGUUCAGUAUAUCCAGGGGGAAAUUGAUCGUACUCUACACUGAUGGUGUCACCUUUACCAGUAAGUUCACUAUUGGGGAAGAACAACCACAUGUAAAAGAAAAGAUAGACAGCCUGCAAUCAAAAGGUGUCAUAUUUGCACCUAUUGAUUAUGACAUUUAUUUUUCCAAACCAAACGAGGUUGAGAAAAAGACGGAAUUUCAUUUGUACACUCAGACAUUAGCCAAAAGAGAAUUUCACAUUAUUGAUUAUUUUAUUAAUCAGUUUAUGAACAGUGUUUUCAAGCGCUAUCAUUGUGCAGAUCUGAAUGCUGUAUGAAUAAAGAACCAUUUGUCUUAGAUAAUAGACUUUAUAUAAGAUGCCAAACAAAAAUGUACAUGUUGAAGUAAGGUCACUGGCGCAGGAGAUGCAUUUAUAUUUUAGGUGCAUCAGUUUUACAAUAGUCCCAUUAGUUGGUAGUUUUAAUCUUCAACAUUUCUUGGUAUUUUGAACAAAAUGUAUUGUAUACUAUAUAUAUAAAGGUGUUGUUGAUAUAGUUCAUUGUUCUGAUUCCUACACGACACUCAUACUCCAAUGAACUGUAAAAAUUUAAAUGUGUAUCAUCGAUCAAAAUAAAAUCAAUGCAAUAAUGCAGUUUUGAGUUAAUCUUGAGUUCUACAAUUGUUGAACCAAUGAAACACUUGCAUCAGAGGGUCAUCCUAGUCCUAUUCUAAGCCAAUCAAACGGUCAUAUUGGUAGGUGUGGUCAUAACGUUACCUGCUCUGAACCAAUCAAACGGUCGCAUUCAUGGGUGGGAUUUGAGUUGAGGUCUCAUUAUCAUCUUACC